AUGACGAAUGUGCUUCCCGAUCCCCAUUCUCCAAAGCAACCAGUAGGUCGAUCAUCUGUGCACUUAUCCAAACAAGCUGACAGUGAGAUCAGAUAUCAAUUCCAGCUAUUGUUGAGUGAAAAAAUUUAUCCAACGACAACAAAUAUUCUUGAAAGAUUGCGCGCUGCUCAUGAUGAUUUUCCAAUCCAAUCUAAAACAAUUCUUUGUCGUAAUCUUCAUCGAAUAGGUUUCCGUUAUAAAUCUACAACAAAAGUCAAAAUUCCACUUGAUCACGUUUCAUUUGUUGCUCAACUUGCGAAAUUUUAUCGCAAGAUCGAUGAGUUACGGAUGGCUGAUGCGCUUAUUUUUUAUCAUGAUGAAAGUUGGUCAAAUGUUGGAGAAGAAAAAGGAUCUAUCUGA